AUGGACGACGACGUACCUGACCUUGUCGACGUCAGGGAGGCUGUUGGCCCGUCAGAAGCGUCUCCCGCUACGGUACCGCUGAAAAAAGUGCCCAUCACUGUUGUGACAGAAUUUGGAAACACUGCCGACAUUGAAAAGUCUCUGACUGUCAAUCAAAAUAACCAAGCCACUACGGAAUGGAUCCCAUUGGCAAAUGGGUGUAUCUGCUGCAGCGUCAAAGACAGCGGGGUUGCGGCCCUGGAGUCUCUAGUUGAGAGACAGAAGAACUUUGACUAUAUCCUGCUCGAGACGACCGGUGUUGCAGAUCCCGGCAAUAUCGCCCCGAUGUUCUGGCUGGACGAAGGGCUUGGCAGCAGUAUCUACCUGGACGGUAUUGUGACGGUUGUAGAUGCAAAGAAUAUUCUAAAGAGCCUCGACGAGCCGGCGCCUGAUGAAGUGCCAGAAUCGGAAGCGGACAACAAGAUGCCCGACAGUUCGGAUGAGCAUCAUCACCACCAGUCUCCGUUGCUUACUACUGCUCACCUCCAAAUCUCCCAUGCCGACGUGAUCAUCUUGAACAAGACGGAUCUGGUCUCCGAUUCGCAUCUAACAGACGUCCGUCAACGUAUCUCCUCUAUCAACAGCCUCGUCCGUCUCAUCUGCACGACACGUUCCCUCAUCGAUGAAUUGAGUGGAACCGUGCUCGACCUGAACGCCUAUUCAACAUUCCCCAGUACCUCCGCUCCCGACUUCUCUUCAAAGGGACAUUCGCAUCUGGACCCGACUAUCUCGACCCUAACGCUGCCUCUGCGAGCAAUCGACCCGCAAGAACUGCCGGUGCUACAAGAGUGGCUGGAGACCUUGCUUUGGGAGGCCGAGGACCGCCAGGAAGGACAGUCACGCAAAUACGAGAUCCACAGAACGAAGGGGCUAAUUCGCAUCACCGACGGCACAAUCAGAGUUGUCCAAGGUGUCCGAGAGAUUUUCGACAUAAUGCAGCCUCCGAAGAUUACAGGUGAUGGUACUGGCGGCGAUUCCGACGACGACAGCAACCCUCAAGGUAGAAUCGUCUUCAUAGGCCGAAACCUGGAUCUAAUCUCUGGAGCUGUACCCAUGCCAUUCAGUGCGUGA